CUGUGCUCCGCCCCUACCCGCGCCGCGCAGCCUGCGAGCCGCCGAAAGCGGGCAAACUGGGCCAGGGCUUCUAGAAUGGAGACGGUCAUGUCUUCAGAUAGCUCCCCAGCUUUAGAAAAUGAGCAUCCUCAAGAGACCCCAGAAUCCAACAACAGCGUGUAUACGUCCUUCAUGAAAUCUCAUCGCUGCUACGACCUGAUACCCACAAGUUCCAAAUUGGUUGUAUUUGAUACUUCCCUGCAGGUGAAGAAGGCUUUCUUUGCUCUAGUUACUAAUGGUGUACGAGCUGCCCCUUUGUGGGAUAGUAAGAAGCAAAGUUUUGUGGGCAUGCUGACCAUCACUGAUUUCAUCAAUAUCCUGCACCGCUACUAUAAGUCAGCCUUGGUACAGAUCUAUGAGUUGGAAGAACACAAGAUAGAAACUUGGAGAGAGGUGUAUCUGCAGGACUCCUUUAAACCACUUGUCUGCAUUUCUCCUAAUGCCAGCUUAUUUGAUGCUGUCUCUUCGUUAAUUCGAAACAAGAUCCACAGGCUGCCAGUUAUUGACCCGGAAUCAGGCAACACCUUGUAUAUCCUCACCCAUAAGCGCAUUCUCAAGUUCCUCAAAUUGUUUAUCACUGAGUUCCCCAAGCCAGAAUUCAUGUCUCAGUCUCUGCAAGAGCUACAGAUUGGCACCUAUGCCAAUAUUGCUAUGGUCCGCACGACCACCCCAGUCUACGUGGCUUUGGGCAUCUUUGUACAGCACCGGGUCUCAGCCCUACCAGUGGUAGAUGAGAAAGGGCGUGUGGUGGACAUCUACUCCAAGUUUGAUGUUAUCAAUCUGGCUGCAGAAAAGACCUACAACAACCUAGAUGUCUCUGUGACCAAAGCCCUGCAACACCGAUCACAUUACUUUGAGGGUGUCCUCAAGUGCUACCUGCAUGAGACGCUGGAGACCAUCAUCAACAGGCUAGUGGAAGCAGAGGUACACCGACUUGUAGUGGUGGAUGAGAAUGAUGUGGUCAAGGGGAUUGUGUCACUGUCUGAUAUCCUACAGGCCCUGGUGCUCACGGGAGGCGAGAAGAAGCCCUGAGCCGGGGAAGGGCCAGGUAGCACCUGCCCAAAGCUCUGGAACCACAGAUGAAACCUUGAGAGAGUUGUGACUGUUCUCUGCGCGGGAGCCACCUGUCCUAUCUGGGAGCCGGGGAAAGAGUGGGGAGGAAGGAGAAUGUGUUUGCAGCUGUCCUUAACCCCCACACACCGUGAAAAAACCGCCGCAGUCUAGGCCAUUCUAGCCCCUGUCCUCAUAGACAUCACCCCCUUUCUGGGUAAAUGAUGGGCUCUUCCCCCCUCAGGCAAAUCUGAUCUCUAAGAGAUCCCCAAACCUCACCCCGCCUUACCUCUGUCUGUGCCCUUGACUGUGCCCUAAGAUAAUACAGCACAACAAACGACUCUAAAAGAUAUUUUUAUUUGUUCUGUCAUGCUGUAUGGAGGAGGCCGAGUCCACUUAGUGACAUUUCUUCCCAUAAUGGGAAGUGGGGAGGAUGUCGGGAGGAGGACCUUUGGGUUCCGGUGCUGCAGGCAUUUGAAGGGGUGUUUGGCUUAGGUGGAGGAGGGCAGCGUGGCUAGCUGAGGUUAGUGCUUUUUAUGGUAAACCUAAUUAAAGUGACCGGAACCUCUUCA